CAUUCUGUCAUUCGACUCAGCUAUUGUGUGAGGGCAAACAAUUACCACUGGUCGCCACUUGUACGCCUCGUGUUCGCGCCUUCUCGCUAAUCUUUGUUUUAAUUAGACGAUCGAGCUCAAAGCUGACUGAAAUAUAAAGGCCGGUCAUAUUCAUUCAAGUUUUCAUUGGUGUAACAGCGAGAAGAAGCUUGGCACUACCAAUAUGAAGCAGAAUCCUACAACAGACAACACCAAAGACACUGAAAGCGUAAAGAUGAAUACGCUUGAAACGAAAGGCGAAAUUGAUCACAAUGAAUGCGGUAGAACGGAGUACCACGGUAUUGGUAUGGCAUAUAUUUAUAUUCGUGGCAAGCUGAUGUUCACAAUGAGUGAAGUGGCAAGGAAUUUGUAUCCAAAGUGGCCUAGAACGACGUUAAAUGAUCGAGUUAGACAAAUGAAAAUAAAAUGGUAUACAUGUACAACGAAUGAAAUAGAGAAAGUUUUAUCUGUGAGAGGAAUCGUAAAAUUUGGCGUUCAUUGUACGCUCAUUUCUAAGGAAGACCUUGACAUGUUUAGCAGCGUCUACGAAGUAGGAUCUUUGGCCGAGAAAAGGCUCUCAUUCAAACGAACGUUAUCAUCAGCAUCAAGUAAAGUAUCUAAAAGCAAAGAAAAAACACUGGCCGGGAAAGGAAAAACAACGAGUAGAUCCACUACCAAGGCACAAUCGAAGACAACCUCCGUGCUUCGUAAUGGCAGUGCAAAUAGCGAGCAAAAUCCGGGCAAUAAAGCGAACAAAGGCAAAGCGCGUGUUGUUGUUAAAGACAGUAAGCUUGACAACGGCGAGACACCCAAGGGACAUGCGGUCAGUGGAAAACAAUCACAAUUAAAUGGUAAACAAUCGCACGUGGCUAAAGCGGCCUAUGAGUGUACGGAUAAAAAAUUCAACAAAGUCAAGACCGAAACAACGAAAGUCGAUGGGAACCCGAGAAAGCGAAGACUUUCGAGCAUUAGUUUGAAAACUGAAGCUCGGGGUGAAUGGCAUGAAUAUAUUCCAACAAAACGACACCGUAAAACGCACGAUGCAAGUUCACCGCUCAGUGAUUCUCUCAGCUACGAUAGCGGAGUCUCGUCCCUGCAACUCGAUCAUGACGCUUCGACCCCGCGGAAGCCGGGUCAUAAGCCAGGUCAUAAACUAGGCAGACCCGCAACUCCAAAGGCAAAGAUCCAAAAACAAUUGAAAAUAAAAGAAGUGAAGAGGAAAUAUCGGAGCAUUAAAGGCAAAAAAGCUAAAACGAUGCCAAAACAGACCAAUAAAGUGGUUGGAAGUAAAGGGAAACGUGAAAUCGUGAAAAAAGGGAGAAAGAGCAAGAAUGACAAAGAAAUAAAAAAGAGAAAAAUUGGUUGCCCCAACACUAUAACCAAAGAUCUGAUAAUGAAAAUGGACUUAAAACAUAUGAAUGAUAAGGAUUUAAUCAAUUCAUUUUCACCAUUAUCAUCCCCAAUGGAUACUAACACUACACCAUCUGAAGAUCAACCCUACCUUGUUAAGCUAAUGCCAGUCAAACCAGUUUGGAGAGUGAAUUCCAGUUUCAAGUUUAUAUCAAACUUUCAGCUGCCUCCAUCUCUUGUUGUCCAGGAUGGCCAGCUUAGCCCAGCAUGCAGUAUGAUUUGUCAUCCUGGGAAGAAACCGCCCUCUGCACACCCCAUUUGGAAGUGGAAGGUUGGGGAGCCCGUCAUCAGUAGUAAGACUGUUAUCAGUUAUCGCAUCAAAAAGGUUAAAUUUACCUAAACUUGAGAGUGUUGCUUUAGUUGUGGUUUAAAUAUCAAACUGACUAAUUGAUUAGUUAGUGGGGUUUGUUAAUUAUUUUUAGUGGCCUGGAAUAACUUGUCAUGACUGACAGAUAUAGUUAGAGUUCUUGCAUUGCUAGCAUUAUGUAAUCACUGUAUUGUUUUUUAAUACAUGAACUGAAAUGUUUCUCAUUUGUUAUAGUAUAGGUAUACAUAUGUACAAAAAAAGGUAUAAUGAGAGUUUCCCAUGAUAAAACAAUUGUAUGACUUCAGUACUGAAAGUUUAGUGCUUGUUGCAGAUGAAGUUCAUGCUCCUUCACAUAGUUCCAUGUUUUUACGGACGAAAUACCAGGGUUGGUGAUUUUUGCGAUGGUUGACCCUGCGUACCAAAUAUAAUU